UCUAGCUUCUUGUCCUUCCUCUCAUCGCCCGUUCGAGAGCCUAUCUUCAGGAAGUAGCGUUGCGACCGGAGGAAGGCGGACACAGCAAAAGAGCCUCAACACUUUUGCGAGAGCCAAGACGGGACAAUGUCGUCUUUCUUUGCAAAGCAGCAGCAGGUGGCCUCGCUGGACCCCCGCCUGGGCGGUCUCAUGGCGUCGGCCGGCCUGUACAAUCUCAAGGCUCUCAUCAAGGCAAUUCGAUCAUGCAAGACACUUGCUGAGGAACGAUCUCUGAUUCAGAAGGAGUCAGCCGCGAUUCGCACGUCGUUCAAGCAAGCUGAUCCGUUCUCGCUGCACAACAAUAUCGCCAAACUUCUCUACAUUCAUAUGCUGGGCUACCCGGCUCAUUUCGGACAGAUCGAGUGUCUGAAGCUCGUUGCGACACCAAGAUUCACCGACAAGCGGCUGGGAUACCUUGGCAUCAUGCUGCUCCUGGAUGAGAACACAGAGGUGUUGACGCUUGUCACGAAUGGCCUCAAAAACGACAUGGCGCAUAGCAACAUGUACGUCGUCGGGCUGGCACUUUGCACUUUUGCCAACAUCGCCUCCGAAGAAAUGUCGCGCGACCUGUCAAAUGAGGUGGAGAGGCUCAUGGGGAGCAGCAACACUUAUAUCCGCAGAAAGGCAGCCAUCUGUGCGAUGCGAAUUGUGCGAAAGGUGCCCGAUCUUCUCGAAAAUUUUACAGAGCGGACAAAACAACUCCUCAACGACAAGAACCACGGCGUCCUCCUCUGCGGUGUCACGCUGGCGUAUGACAUCUGCCGGUCUGACCCAGCCGCUCUCGAUGAUUUCCGAAGACACGUUCCCCUACUUGUUCGUCACCUCAAGGCGUUGGUCACGACAGGGUAUUCACCCGAGCACGAUGUCUCUGGUAUUACAGACCCCUUCUUGCAGGUCAAGAUCCUGCGCUUGCUUAGGCUCCUUGGUCGAGACAACGCCGCUGCGAGCGAGGCCAUGAAUGAUGUUCUUGCCCAAGUGGCGACCAACACAGAAGCGAGCAAGAAUGUGGGAAACAGCAUCCUAUAUGAGACGGUUUUGACCAUUCUCGAGAUCGAAGCCGAGAACGGCCUUCGGGUCAUGGCUAUCAACAUUCUCGGCAAAUUUCUUGGCAACCGCGAUAACAAUAUUCGCUAUGUCGCUCUCAAUACCCUCAACAAAGUUGUCUCUAUGGACACAAACGCGGUUCAAAGACACCGGAACAUCAUCAUCGACUGCCUCAGGGAUGGCGACAUCUCGAUUCGGAGGCGUGCGCUGGAGCUUAGCUAUGCUCUCAUCAAUGAGUCUAAUGUUCGGGUGCUCACGCGCGAGCUUCUCGCCUUUCUCGAGGUGGCCGACAACGAGUUCAAGCUAGGGCUCACGACCCAAAUCUGCCUGGCCGCCGAAAAAUUCGCACCGAACCGAAGGUGGCACAUCGAUACGGAGCUCCGUGUUCUGAAGUUGGCUGGCAACUACGUGCGUGAGGAGGUCCUUAGUGCCUUCCUGCGACUCGUCUGUCACACUCCCGAGCUACAGGCCUACACCACGCAGAAGCUCUUUUCAGCAUUGCAUGCCGACUUUUCCCAGGAAAGCCUCACUCUGGCUGCAGUGUGGGUGCUGGGUGAAUUUGGCGAAAUCUUGCUCGAGGGAGGCAGCUUCGAGGACGAGGAGCUGGUAAGGGAAGUGAGCGCAAAGGAUGUUGUGGACCUCCUCGCCUCGGUCCUGGACUCGCCCUAUGUCAACUCCCACAUUCGCCAAUGGGACCUUACGUCGCUUGCGAAGCUUACGACUCGAAUCCAUGAUGGAAGCCAGCAGAGCAGGAUCGAGUCAAUUCUUUCGGGAUACGACACCUCUGUCGAUGUCGAGAUUCAGCAACGAGCAGUCGAGUUCAGGGCGCUCUUGGCUAGAAAGGAUUUGAGGGACGGUGUACUGGAGCCGAUGCCGCCGCCGGAGAUCAGGCAGACAGUCGUGGGCACUGUCAGCGAGAAGAGGGCUGUGGGAAGCACGAGGACGGACAAGGAUUCGCUGUUGGAUCUCAUGGGCGACGAGGCGCCCGGCCCCAGCAACGGCAACUCCAGCCUUGGGGCGGCAGCAGGAGGGGGCAGCAGCGCGCAAAAUACCCAGGAUCUGCUGGCGGACAUCUUUGGCGGAAUGGACACCCAGGACUCGACACCGGCCGGUGCUGGAGGUGCAGGUGCAGGGCUGAUGUCGCCAAGCCAGACAAGUGCGCCACCGAAGUCAUCGGUGGACGAUAUCAUGGGUCUUUUUGGUGCUCCAUCUACAUCACAGCAGGGAGGGGCAGGUGGACUGUCAGGUCUCGGCGCGCCGACCUCCCCGCCACCACAAGUGAGCAACAGCGGAAGCGGCUUGGACGGCUUGGACAUCUUUGGUGGCGGUGGAGCGACCUCCUCGCCAGUCGCAUCACGACCACCUGCGGCCUCUUCUCCUCCUGCUAUCGCUUCAGCCGCGGUCGCUUCUCCCCCACCUCAGCAACAGCAGGCCUACACGGCUUACGACGCGCACGGCCUCAAAAUCACACUCACGCCAAACAUCAACCCCGCGCGACCAGAGAUUGUCAACAUUCUCGCCCGCUUCGAAUCGGAGGGGAUGCAGACGAUCGAAGGCGUUCAGUUUCAGGCAGCCGUCCCGAAGAGUCAAAAGCUGCAGAUGCUCGCCAUCUCCAACUCGACCAUUCUGCCGGGAAAAACAGAAACGCAGCAGAUGAGAGUCAUGGCAAGCAAAGGAGCGACCGUCAGGUUGAGAUUGAGAGUCGGAUUCUCAAUCCAGGGCACAGGCGAGGCCGUGCAGGACCAGGUCGAUUUCUCAAGCUUUCCACCGCUGGCCUGAGAAGGACGAUUGUAGAGAGAAGGAGAGACUACAUUGAGCGAGACACAAUUCAUAUCUCAAUCCAUCACAAGUCAAAGGUC